UUCAUUUUAAGUAGGGGAUACAUAUUUUGGCAGGUCGAAAUUAUACAAUCUGACAAAAUAUGUGUCCCCCUAUAACAUUGUCUAGAGAAGAAGAAUCAUGUAUAUUCUUCCUUAUUCCUCAUUCCUCAAGGCACCGUCCAUAAGGCCCUACUAAUAAGAAUGGGUUCUUCAGUGAUUAAUAGCCUACAGUGGCGGUUUUAGUCACGGGUGAACGGGCGGCAUUCUUUCAUGAAACGUGGUGCCACGAGAAGUCCAAAAAAUAAAAAUCAUCUGUGCCGCAAAGCGGUUUUCUAUGAUGCACAAUAUCAUAACAUUAUGUGGGCGGGGGUAUUGGUAUAUUGACGUCGUCUGCUGCCCAGGAAGUCAAGCAGAACCUGAUCUCCACUGUGGGAGGAGAGGUCACCAUACCUGAGUUGUGGAUUUCUUGUGAAAGAUAGUCUUGUGAUCGCUCUAGUGAGAGAUAGGGUGUUGGAAAUAGAUGAUGAAGGUUUCCUGGACAGAGUGUCCUGGGACGGAGACACUGGGCGGUUCACCAUAAGAAGACUGCAGAGCAACAAUUCAGGGAUUAAAUUCUGUUAAUCAAGGAGGAAAAUCUGAAUCAUUCAAGCUGAGUGUUUAUGUGAUGACGUCAUCUGCUGACCAGGAAGUCAAGCAGAACCUGAUCUCCACUGUGGGGGGAGAGGUCACCAUACCUGUGCCUGUCAAGAGUCGUGGAUUUCUUUUGAAAAAAGAAGUUCUUAUCGCUGAAGUGAAAGAUAGUGUGUUGGAGUUAGAAAAUGAUGAUUUCCUGAACCGAACUUCCUGGGACCGAGCCACUGGCCUGUUCACUCUAAGAAGACUGCAGAGCAAGGAUUCAGGGGAUUAUGCUGUUAAUGUUAUUGUGACUUUUGUAUCAUUCAAGCUGAGUGUUUAUGAUGCCGUCCUGGAGCCCGGUGUCACCGUAACGUCUGUGAGCAGCGAGGGCUGCGACCUGCUGUGUGCUGUGGACCAACUGAGUGGAGGGACUCUCUCCUGGUAUCAAGGAGAGAAGCUGGUGAACCAGAGCAGCACCCAGCGCUUUCUCCCUCUGACCGUGGACAGGCUGGGUCUCCGGUCCUCCUACCGCUGUGUGUCUGCCAACCCUGCUGGUAACCUCACCCGGUCAGUCGACGCUAAGACGUCCUGCCCAGUAGAACAACUCACUGGUGACGAAGUUGAAGGGAAGCAUAACAGGCUGAACCAGAUUGUGAUUCCCAUCGUCUCUGUUAUGGUCCUCCUAUCCAUUUGUGUCAUCGUAAUAUUUGUUGUGAAGAGGAGGAAGGCAGGCACACAUCUCCAAGCUUCAAUCCUAUCGGCCCAAGACGUAACACCAAAGGAGGAGGCUGUUCAGGAAAACACGUUGUACGAUCUGCUGCAGGCUCCCCGCAUCGUUAAUCGGACCGCUGCAGAGCGCACCUGAAGCUCACGAGAAGGAGCUUAACAAGGCCGCUACAACACGCCCCUCAGAUGCAACCCGCUGCAGGUUCAUCGCAUCGCUGCCCCGACCGCCACAGAGCGCGCUUGAAGCAAACAAGAACCAAAAGGACUUAAAUAUGGC